UCCUGUUUUCAAAGAAUCGAUUAGUCAAUAUGAGUUUGAAGUUAGAGGUAACAUACAACUUCCCUGUUCAUACGUAGCGUUUCCUCUGGCAACAGAUGUUAAGUGGAUGAAAGAUUCAAAUACCAUCACAAAUUGUGUCUCAACAGAUACCUCAGCAACUUUUAUCGCCGAUGGUUCAGUGAGUCAUACUACCUCCUUAGAAUGUGACCUGACAGGUAGUCAGAACGUAAUGUCCUUACUAGAUCCCAAGUUAGUGAUUUCUAAUGCACAGAUUAGUGAUGCAGGUGAUUACAAGUGUUGUGUUACAAAUACAGAUUCGAAACAAUGUGGAAAUGACAUUUUAGUUGGUUAUAAGCCUAAUGUAGCGGUGAUAACAGACCCGAUUGAAGCACUUUAUCUGACACAACAUACCAUAAAAUGUACUGUAAAAGCCUUUCCUGAUAUUACUGCCGUAGAAUGGAAUAUUACAACCGAGACUGGAACAAAAAUCUUUUCAUCUGAUGUAAACAACUUAGAAAAAUAUUUUGGAUUUUCAGAAACUUUUCUGUCACUAGAUAUCUUAGAUUUUACGGACACGGGCCAGUAUAUAUGUACAGCUGAAAACAUCUUUGGGAAAACGUCAAGUACUGUAGUUAUACAAGUGUAUGGAAUUUCACUGACAGUUUCAUCUACUAAUUACAAAAUUGUUUACGGCGAUGAUGUUGAAUUGGAAUGUAAUAUUACUGGUAGGCCAGACAUUACCAAAGUAACUUGGAGUAUGCAAAAAGAGACUGAGGAACAUCAAAUUGAUAUGACGAACAUAUUGAAAUAUAACGGAUCAACGUUGUCAGAACCAUCUCUAAUGAUAUAUAAUGUGACAUUUGAAGAUGAUGGGAUUUACUUUUGUGAAGCAGGGAAUAGUUACGAGAAUAAAACAAGUCUGGAAGUCAAACUUACAGUUACUAGUGAUCCAACUUUGUCGCCUACUACACCUCAAAAUGCUGAAACUACAUUUCCUUCAAUGACGUCCACUACAACUCAAAAUCCUGGAACUACAUCUCCUUCAACGACGUCCACUACAACUCAAAAUCCUGGAAUUACAUCUCAUUCAACGACGUCCACUACAACCCAAAAUCCUGGAACUACAUCUCCUUCAACGACGUCCACUACAACCCAAAAUCCUGGAACUACAUCUCCUUCAACGACGUCCACUACAACUCAAAAUCCUGGAACUACAUCUCCUUCAACGAGGUCCACUAUAACUCAAAAUCCUGGAACUACAUCUCCUUCAACGACGUCCACUACAACUCAAAAUCCUGGAACUACAUCUCCUUCAACGACAUCCACUACAACUCAAAAUCCUGGAAUUACAUCUCAUUCAAUGACGUCCACUACAACCCAAAAUCCUGGAACUACAUCUCCUUCAACGACGUCCACUACAACCCCAAAUCCUGGAACUACAUCUCCUUCAACGACGUCCACUACAACUCAAAAUCCUGGAACUACAUUUCCGUCAACGACGUCCACUACAACUCAAAAUCCUGGAACUACAUCUCCUUCAACGACGUCCACUACAACCCAAUAUCCUGGAACUACAUCUCCUUCAACGACGUCCACUACAACCCAAAAUCCUGGAACUACAUCUCCUUCAACGACGUCCACUACAACUCAAAAUCCUGGAACUACAUCUCCUCCAACGACGUCCACUACAACUCAAAAUCCUGGAACUCCUUCAACGACGUCCACUACAACCCAAUAUCCUGGAACUACAUCUCCUUCAACGACGUCCACUACAACCCAAAAUCCUGGAACUACAUCUCCUUCAACGACGUCCACUGCAACUCAAAAUCCUGGAAUUACACCUGCACCAACGACGCUAACUACACCAACAACGACUACAAAACCGGAGGCGAUUGCAUGCCAAUGUCCAUGCAGCUCUCUUGGAAUUGGGGCAAGGCAAGAUUUAUCUAACUAUACAAUAGAUGAACUUCUCGAAAAGUUGGCUCCUCAACUGGCAAAAAUGGAGAAAGAAUUAUCCAUUGACAAAUCCAACUUAUCGGCGACGAUUAAUAAAAGGAUAAGUGCAAAAGAUGAGAGAAAGUCUUCUCAAUCCAUUGGCAUUCUUGGAAUAGUCUUCAUUGUUUCCGUCAUAUUGGGCGUCGUUAUAAUAGAUUUGAUGUCAGCUGUGAAGUUGAUAAAACCUGAAUUGAAAAAAGGAAAAACUGAUACUUCAAAACCAGAAGAACGUUCAGAAUAGAUGAUAUCAUUUGAUGGAUCAUAUAAAUCUGACUCCAUGUUUCAAGUUUUAUAAUAUAUUCUAUAAUUAAAGACAGACAAAUUUUGAUUGAUUUUUCAAGAACGAUCAGUGAAUAUAGACUUUUUGGAAUAUACCUUGCAGAUUAUUUCAUUAGGUGGUUAAAAGUUCCCCCACUUGUUGUUGAAACUAAAUUUGUCUGUCUUUAAUUAUAGAAUUGCAUGCUGUGUGUUUUUUUUUUAUAAUUUAUACUAAAUUAUUAUAAUCACAUUUUGCAUGAACAGCGGAAGCGCUUCUAGCAAAAAAUGUGAUCGUCACUUGCAUUCAUUUAUUACAAUUUAAAAAAAAAAUCAAACACAGCAUUUAAGUAUAUUUUUUGCAGAUCCUUAAAAUAAACUAUGUGAAUGUAAUAAUCAUUUCGAAAUCAUAAAGUAAAACUAAACACAAACUUCCAUAAUCAUUAUCUAUGCAUACCAUUGGAUAAUAAUUUAUUUGCGAUUUUAAGAAUUAUCAUAUGCACAAGGUACACGAACAAUGUGUGAACAUUAUUUUGGCUAAUUAAGUGAUGGAGCUUUUUUUUAUAUACUAUUAUCCUGGGUUGCAUUCGUAUACCUAAAUUGCAAUCAUUAUUUGAAUGCAAGUGACGUACUCGAUUCGUUUUUUUAGGCAAUAAACGAUGAACAUUUAUGUCAACAUUACGUACAAGGUUAUAGUUUUAAUAAUUUAGAAUGUUCACUAAUUUAACGAUGUCAUUUUGCAUCGUCAAUAUAUACUGAUAAAGGAUAAUUGUUAUCUGUAAUAUCUUUUAACUUUAUGUGUUGUUGUACACUUUUUAGGCGUUUUUAAAUUUACAAUCAUAUGACCUUCAUUAAAAGUUUAUCUCCAAAAUUAUUAAGUUUAUUUUAAUGAGGUCCGCUUUUCUUUUUUUAUUAUUUAUACAUACCAUUCUCAAUAACAUGUAUUUAAGAAGUGUAAAAGUGUUGACCGUGCACACAUUUUAGAAUGAAACGCUUCCGCAGUUUUUAUGUUAUUUACCUGUGCAAUUUUUUGUAGAAGCACGUGUCGUCACGAAUGUAACAUUUCAUUUUGAUAUGAAGGUUAAAUUUUGAAUGACGCGCGAUUGUUGUUAGCCAAGCAAACUAACGAAUUCUUGUGAAACAUACAUGUAAUGUAAUUUUUUCCAAGUGCAGUUUUGGUAUAAUGACACAAGGUGAACAUCCAAAUUGUUUACCCGAUAUGGCCUGUCUUCCCGAGGGCUUUAUGAAACGUAAUUGUAUAUCAUAAUUAAGUUUUGAUUCAAGAACUUUAACUAGAAUUUAUACCAGUGCUAAAAUUAUGAAAGUUUAUAAAACUUGAGCCAAGGGAACAGUUGUUUACACAUCUUUGCACAAUAGUUUGUGGUGUUGAUAACAAAAAUGAUAGCGUUGAUAGUACCUAUUAUAUAUGAGAAAAAAAUGAUGAUUAGUCCCCUAUUUUCAUGAGGCAACUCAUUCUGAUAAAGGAUUUUUUAUCCGAAAUAUUUAUUGAUUUUUGGUGGUGUUGUAUCCUUUUAAAACGUAUAUCAUUACUAUUUAUUUUAUAGAUUCGAUAAUAUUAAUUGUACACACUUAUAUGAAUGGUUUCAAUCGCUUGUUUUAUUGUGUGUGCUUCCUACUUCACGAUCAUAAAGUUUAUCGUGCACUGUUAACAACAUUCGAGCAAUAAGUCUAAACUUUUAAAUUGAAAAGUUAGGAAGAGUGCCCAGUUGUAUAUUUUUGUGUGGAGCAUCGAAAGAAAUAAUACAUACUGGUGUAAACAUAACAAUACAUGUUCCUGUGUUAUCCAUUUUUAUCUUAUUUUUUUAUCUUUGUAACAAGCUCAACAUGAAGUUUAGUGGAGAUUAAACGAUGUGCCUAUAUGUAUUUUCAAUUGAGUUCUACUGUAUCAAUUUAAAAAAAAACUCACCAUGUUUUAAAAGGUGACGAACAUAUGUAUUUCAAAUUGGAGUCUACGGAUGAUUUUUGACAUGAGAAACAAUGUAUAAUAUUAUGUCCUACAUAGAUAUCAGUUUUCGCUGAAAUACGAGCUCUCCGAAUUUAAGGAGUUUGGGAGAUAUUUUGAAAACAGAGGAUGACGAAGUAAUUGUGAGACCAGAGAUUUAUUAAGGAUACAUGUUCUAUGUGAAUAUCUUUCAUUGUUAUCCAAACACGUUGAAAAUUUUUUUUUGGUGUUAGGUAGAUAUUUCCAUUGUGCAUCAGGCUACUUAUUCUGACGAAGGAUAUUUUUUAUUCGAAAUAUUUAUUGUAUUUGGUGGUGUUGUACCCUUUUUAGACGUACAUUAUUACUAUUCAUUCUAUAAUAUUAAUUGUACACACCUAUAUGAAUGGUUUUAAUUGCUUGUUUUAUUAUGUGCGCUUACUAUUUCACGAUCUUGAUAAUUACUAUAGAGACCAUCAAGUUUAUCAUGCACUGUUAACAACCUUCAAACAAUAAAUCUAAACUAUUAAACUGAAAUAUCAGAAAGAGUGCCCAGUUGUACAUUUUUGUUUAGUGCAUCGAAAGAAAUUAUAAAAUUUGGUGUAAACGUUCCUUGGUUAUCCACUUUUAUUCUAAUUUCUAAUUUUUAGUUUUUUUUACAAGCUCAAUACGACAUUUAGUGCAGAUUAAACGAAGUGCCUAUUUGUAUCUGCCAAUGAGUUUUACUGAAUCAAUUUAAAAUUAAACUCACCAUGUUUUUGAAAGAUGGACAACAGAUGUAUUGCAAAUUGGAGUCUAUGGAUAAAUUUUGACUUGAGAAACAAUGCAUAAAAUAUCUCCUACCUUAAUAUCAUAUUUCGCUGAAAUACCAGAACUCUGAAUGUUAAAGCAUUUUGGAGGCCAUUUUAAAAACGGCGACAGAAGAAAUAAUGUUGACACCAAAAAUUUAUCCAGGAUAUCAUGUUCUAAAAGUGUCUAGCAAUCCUUCUCAUACUUUUAAAUUGUGGGUUCAUAAAAUCAUUUUCUCAACAUUUGGUUUUUUUUUAAGAAUUUUUAUUCAAUAAUAAUAUGAUUUUCCUAUUUUCACUAUUAUAUGAAAUCCACAGCUACAUAUAAUGCACAACAACUGUAUACAAAAAUUAUCCACGUGAUCCCAACAAUUCCGAGUUUUUUCCAUUUACAAUAAUUGUUCACGGACCGCAGACGGACGGACGGAUGGACAAAUUGAUAGCUGUAGGGCUCUUGCGAGGCACUUUUUAAUGCAUUUUCUUACAAACUCACAAUUCAAUUUACUCACAUCAGAACAAUCGAUUCAUAUGUUUAUAGAACUUUGUCCUGGCAUUGUCAACAUCAGAAAUUUAAAUCAUAUACUUACAAGUAUUUGUUAGUAAAAAAUCAUCAAAAAUGCCAAGUUAUACAGACAUAGCCAAGCAAUAUUAAAGUUAUGCAUAUUAGAGGACUUUCAGAUUUACAUGGAAACAUCUCUGCAGUCAGAAUGAGCAAAUUAAUAGCUUUAAAUAGAAUAAUCUUAGAAUUGAAUGCCAGGGGUUUCAGCAUGCAAACCGGUUUCUUUUAGAAAAACAAUAUAUACGUUGUUCUAUAAGUAGAUUUUCCUUGGAUUUGCAUUUGAGUACAUUUUUGUACUUUUAAAUUGAUUUUGUUUUCAUUUUGAGGAUUACCCUGUACAACGAGAACGCGUUUUUUGACUUAGAUUUUCGUGCUUGCAUUUUCUUAUGUUGGCGUUGUUUGUUGUGUUUUUUGCAAUUUUAUGUGAGUUUAACAAAAAAUGGAUUUUGAGGAUUUGUUUUGAAUUAGUAAGAUUUCAUAAUCGCAUUGAUAUUUAUUUAUUUAUGUAUUAAUCUUUAUGUAAUGAUUAUCUAAUUAAGCUUGUGCGUGUUUUAUGUACUGAUCUAGGAUGUUUUUUUUUCAUAUUUAUUGAUAGUCAAUGUGAUGUGAAAGUAACUAAUCUAUUGAGAUUUGGGAUCAAUUCUUUUUUAGGGUAUUAAUUAUGUGUGUUCCUAUGUUUGGUAUAAGUCAAUGGGACAAAAACGCAACGAUAUAAAUAACCGAUAAUAAUAAACAUCUAGAGGUCAACGUCUAUUCUACCAUCUUUCUUCAGAUGUCUAUACACAUGGCAAGCUCUAGGUUGUCCCGUGUAAAAAAACGUUAACAUAUCAAAAAUAUACUGUUAAAGAUUUGCAAUUAAUACCAAAAUCUUCUUUGACCAAAAAACAUGCUGAUAAUGAUAUCACAUAACAAAGAGAGGGGCUUCGGUGGCCGAGUGGUCUAAGUAGUUCAACUACUGUAUCACUAGCCUGUCAACACUGGGUUUUGGAAUCUUGCACAUGGCAGGUACAUUCAACUCAAAUCUUACUUGACUAGGAUUGUCAGUUUUCUUGCCGAAGACCGGCGAUUUUGUCCUGGGAUUUCGGCUUCCUCCACCAAAGAAAACUGAACGCCAUGAAAUAGCCAUUAGUGCUGAAAGUGGCGUAAAACAACAAAGGAUAAUAAGUUUAAUCAAUCGUAACAAAAAGUGGAUAAAACCUUUAUUCAGACGUUUCUAUCUUGCGUAGUCCCUUAGUCGGUUCUACGGACUCUCACAACAAAUAUUAUACAAUGUUGUUUAUAUUGCUGUACUUUUGAGUUUCCAUCCAUUAGGUUAUUUAAAGUGGAAUAUAUAAAUAAAAUGCUUCUGAUGACAUCAGUUAAGGCCUCGGAGGGCGAGUGGUCUAAGUAAAGUAGUUCAUCUACAUCAGGCCUUGGUGGGCGAGUGAUAUAAGUAAAGUAGUUCAUCUACAUCAGGCCUUGGUGGGCGAGUGGUCUAAGUAAAGUAGUUCAUCUACAUCAGGCCUUGGUGGGCGAGUGGUCUUAGUAAAGUCAUCUACAUUGAUCACUAGUUGGUCAACUCUGAGGGUUUGAGUUUGAAUCUCGUUCAUGGCGCGGUGUGUUCGAUUCUGAUCUUUUUUUACCAGGAUAGCCAGUUGUUCUGCCGAAGUUCGGUGGUUUUCUCCGUUUAUUUCGGCUUCCUGUGCCAUUAAAAACUGGCCACCAUGCUAUAGCCAACGUCGAUGAAAGUGGCAUUAAAUUCCAACCAACAAACAAACUGAAUUCAUUGUAAGGAUAAUUGGGAUAAGCCAGCUUCCAACAAUGUCAAUAAUAUAUUCUCUAAAUAUCAUUACAAUUAUAGUUACAGAGAAUGACAUGCAAAAUAGAAAUGAAAGUUAACAUUGUUAGGUAGAUGCUAGUAAACAUACGUGUAGUAUUAAAAAGGUGCAAUAUGAAAACAACAUAAUAAUGUCGUUUAUCAAGGAUGACCGAUUUUUUUUUCGUCUAUUUUUUUUAGAAGAGAAACUUUCAAUUGUAAAACAUUUAAGUGACAUGAAUGACAUCGGAGCUGCAGUGUUGUCAGAAGUAACAAGUUUUCUUCAAUCACGUUAAUGCUAUGCUUAUGUAUUUUUUGGUGAUGUUUGUAAUAAAAUUGCUUAAUUA